UGGGGGGAGUGCGAGAAGGCCGCCUUCCACAGCCAGGACCUGCCGCAGCAGAGCGUCUACACCGGAGAAGGGCUGUUUGAGUGUAGCCAGUGCGGGAAGGCCUCCAUCCAGAUCUUUAACCUCAUGCUCCAGAGGAGCGUGCAUGCGGGGGAGAGGCUGCCCUACGAGUGCGGGGUGUGUGGGAAGUGCUUCAGCUGCGAGUUUUUCCUCCUCCGACACCAGAGUGUGCACACGGAAGGGAAGCCCUACGAGUGCAGUGUCUGUGGGAAAUGCUUCAGCUGCAAGUACACCCUCAUCCAGCAUCAAAGAAUUCACUCUGAAGAGAAGCCGUACGAGUGCAGUUUCUGUAAGAAAUGCUUUAGCUACAAGUUUAAUCUCAUGAGGCACGAGAAAAUCCAUACUGGUGAGAACCCGUACGGGUGUAGCGACUGUGGCAAGUCCUUCAGCCACAGCUCUGCCCUCAUCCGACACAAGAGAGUUCACACUGGAGAGAGGCCCUAUGAGUGUAGCGAUUGUGGGAAGACCUUCACAAACAGCUCUGCCCUCAUCCAGCACCAGAGGGUUCACACUGGAGAGAAGCCCUAUCAGUGCACUGAGUGCGGGAAGUGCUUCAGGCAGAGCUCCGCCCUCAUUUACCACCAGAAGGUUCACGCGGGGGAAAAGCCGUAUGAGUGUGGUGAUUGUGGCAAGUGCUUCCGGUACAAUUACAUACUCAUUCAGCACCGGAAGGUUCACACUGGAGAGAGGCGGUAUGAAUGCGGUGUUUGUGGGAAGCGCUUUAUCUACAACUUCAACCUCAUUAAACACCAAAGAAUUCACACUGGCGAGAAGCCAUACGUGUGCAGUGAUUGUGGGAAGGCCUUUAGACGGAGCUCUUCCCUCAUCCAGCACAAAAGUGUUCACAGCGAAGAGAGACCCUAUGAGUGCAAUGAGUGCGGGAAGUCUUUUACCCGGGCGUCCAACCUCCUUAGACACUGGCGAGUUCACACGGGGGAGAGGCCCUAUGAGUGUAGUGAUUGUGGGAAGUCCUUCAGUCACAGCUCCGCCCUCAUCCAGCACAAGAGGGUGCACACUGGAGAGAGACCUUACGAGUGUAACGAAUGCGGGAAAACUUUCACCCGCACGUCCAACCUCCUUAGACACUGGCGAGUUCACACUGGAGAGAGGCCCUAUGAGUGCGCUUAUUGUGACAAGUCCUUCAGCCACAGCUCCGCCCUCAUUCAGCACAAAAGGGUGCACACGGGAGAGAGGCCUUACGAGUGUAAUGAGUGCGGGAAGUCUUUCACCCGCACGUCCAACCUCCUUAGACACCGGAGGCUUCACACUGGGGAAAAGCCUUAA